CUGCUGGACCCUUCGAAUCCCUGUCGGAGUGGAAAGCCGGGGCCCGACAGUCCUCUCUUCUCUCCCUUCCCGUUUACCUCGUCGUGCUUUGCUUUUUAUUUCACCUUUGCUUGUCUUCUUUUUGUUCCUUUUCACCGGUCAUCUUUUCCAUUUCACCCCUCCUUCCUUUCCGCUCCGUUUGAAGCCUUUUUUUUUAUGAAGCACGGUUUGGUUUACAGCUCUAGUUAUUUAUUUAUUUAUUUAUUGUUUUGCUCACCCGUUUUAUACCCGACAGAAUAGAACAUUCAAGAAUAAAACAGACCAGAACAGCCGCUCCAGUGUCGUAUAUGUGAUGAGCCACCAAUGAGAAGAAGAAAACGAUGGAAUUGCACAUUUUAGAGCACAACCUGAAAGUAGCCAGUAUAGCAAAAGAGGGAAUCCAGAUCUGCACCCAUGGGUUAAUUAAACUAGCUUUCCUGCCUUCCAAAACAAGAUGUAAGUUCUUCAGUUUGACCGAAACCCCCGAAGAUUACACAAUCAUAGUGGACGAGGACGGCUUUAAAGAACUCCCCCAGUCAGAACAUCUCAGUGUGGCCGAUGCAACAUGGUUAGCUCUGAACGUGGUGUCGGGUGGCGGCAACGCCACCAGCUUCCAGCCAAUCGGUGUGACCAAAAUCGCCAAAUCGGUCAUUGCUCCCCUGGCGGAUCACAACAUCUCAGUGUUCAUGCUGUCCACCUACCAGACUGACUUUAUACUGGUCCGAGAGAGGGAUCUUCCCAUGGUCAUGCACACGCUUUCCUCCGAGUUCACCCUCCUCAGGGUGGUCAACGGAGAGACGGUAGCUGCCAGCUGCUCCGGAAUCACCAACGGCUUCGUCAAACCUAAAUUGGUCCCUCGUCCCAUCAUUCAUCCUCUUUCCAGCCCCAGUAACAUGUUCUGUGUGACUAGCUUGGACCCGGACACGCUGCCCUCUGUGGCCACCCUGCUCAUGGAUGUCAUGUUCUACUCAGGAGGUAGCGGGAAGGAGGCGGGAGCUCAGAACGAGGAGUCUGGACAUAUCCGCUUCUUCUCUUUCUCCUUGAUCGAGGGCUACAUCUCGCUGGUUAUGGAUGAGCAGACUACUCGAAGGUUCCCCAACAACGUCCUCUUCACCAGCGCUUCAGGAGAGCUUUGGAAAAUGGUCCGCAUCGGAGGACAGCCGUUAGGAUUUGAUGAAUGCGGGAUUGUGGCUCAAAUAUCCGAACCCCUGGCGACUGCUGACAUUCCAGCUUAUUACAUCAGCACCUUCAAGUUUGACCAUGCUCUGGUCCCUGAGGAGAACAUUCAGAGCGUGAUUGGAGCCCUGAGGACCAACGAGAGCACAGGACAGUGAGAGGCUCGUCUCUAAAUCACACCGGAGCCUCUCAGUCCCUCUUAGCGUUAUCUUUUUAAAGUGCCAAGAGCUUGUAGAGGAGCGCUGUUGGGGCGUUUGGGGGGUGGGAAUGAAAGAUGGGGCUCUUCAACUGGAACGAUUGUGCCAAUACCUGUACCCUGUCCAUCAGAUUCUCACCCUGGCGAUCCUUAACCCCGCCCCAAAGCGCGUCCGUUUCUACAGGGACCCUCAGCUAGUGUGACUGCAGUGUUAGUAGUUUUCUUCUUAACCCCCACCCGCCCUCCUCCUUCUGUCCCAUCUGCGCUAUCCGGGUUUCACCAACAAUCCCUCAGACUUCGCAUAUAAGCAGUGUAUUAGUGACCGGCUCUCAGUAAUAGAGGACCGAGAAUGUACGCCACAAACCCCGUUUCGUUAACCGCCCACCACUCCCUUUCUCUCGCCGUGCCAAGUCACUUUAGGCCUCUUGUUUAAACUCAAGUAUUUUUUCCUGCGUGCAAUUUGAUUAGCAAUUCUCUUACGGUUCGAUCACAAGUUCAGUUCAUGGAAAAGAAAAAAAAAACAGGCUUUCUGUUAGUUCCAAAUGAAUAAGCUGUUCUAUGAAACUAGUUUUGUUUUUCUGGAUUUUCCCCUCUUCACCUUCUCGAUUUCAAUGCCAACUGGCUGAGUUAUGAAUAAGUGGUGUUUGUUUGUAUCCAGGGUACAAUCAAUGGGUUUCUGUGCUCCGGCUGAGUCGGCGUCAGCUUGGGGCAGAGAUUUAUCAGAUCGGAAUCAAAACGGCUCGUGUUUCUGAGCGGACUGAAAUCCUGGUUGAACACUAUCUCGGUUUGCUUUUCACGUUUCACAUACACUGUUCAGUCAUAACAUUA